AUGGCCGCAGCAAAGGAGGUAGCCAAGAUGGUCAUCAAAGAGGAUCAAAGCUGGCUGGUCAAGAAUUUGGAUACUGGAGAAGUGAGGUAUGUCACCGACCACGAGCAGUUCGAACGGCCCAUGGACCCCAAGCGCUUACCCAAGGAUCGGAAACCCUGGCAGCAAUGGUGGCAUGAACAAAGAUGCCAAGACCAGAAGCUGCUGAGUGCCAGCCAGUUGGGCGAUGCUGCGGGCUGCAUGGCGCUGCUCAGAGCAGCCCCGCCCGCGCGGGCCAAUGCCAUCGAUGGGCCCACCGGCCGCAGUGCCCUUCACCUGGCUUCGGCCAACGGCUCCGCGGAGAUCGUCCAGGUCUUGCUGCAAGCGCACGCCACGCCGGAGCACCGCAGCUUCCAAGGGCUCACCCCUUUGCAUGUCUCUGCCUUUCAAAGCAACCUGCAGGUGACGAAGGUGCUCCUAGCACACCGAGCGGAUGCCAAUGUGCCCAGCCAGGAUGGUCACCUGCCACUUCAUUUGGCCUAA